UCUUCAGUCUUCACAGACAUUAUAUAACAACAGCAUCGCACACCUGACAAUUCCAAAGUAAAGAUCAAGAAGCUUAUACUGGUCUUUCGUCUCGCUUCCUCUUCACCCUCUCUUUCUAUCUCGCACUUGCUUAUUUACACCACGAAGAAAGCAUCUUCUCCGCUGUUGGGCUUGCGCUCGUUUGCCAUUCGUCGUCCUUGCCGUCCUUGUAACACGCCCUGCGUCCAGAAAUGGCGAGCAGGGACUCCGGCAUUGCCCGCAGAGCUUGGGACAUGCUCCGCCUCGCUCUGCUGUGGCUGACGAGAGGCGGCGUGUUCAGGCGGCUCCUUGCGGUCAAGUUCCGGCUCGCAGUGACUAGGUUCGUCGAGAGCAUCGGCAGUGGCUGCGGCCGCCGCAGCUCGAUGCCUCGAGAUAGAAUCCGCUAUGGGGAGCACGAGUUCUCGUUUGACGAGACUCCGAUCUUCCGCAUCAAGAUGCACCGUCCCAGAGGAUCCAUGAUGUCCCACUUCCGCCUCCCUCGCAUCCCCUGCAUCAGCCCGGAUGUCGAUUUCGACCGUGGCUUCUUUGAGCACGACAAAGACGGCGACUGGGAGAGGAAGAGCUUGGUUGGCGAUCGAGACGGAGGAGAAUGCAUGUGCGAUGGAAAGGCAUCGGAAUCGUGCGAAGGAGAAGGGAUUGACGUGAGAGCAGAGGAGUUCAUAGCAAAGUUCUAUGAGCAGAUGAAGCUGCAGAGGCAGAUUUCUUACUUACAGUACACGGAGAUGCUCAACAGGGCCGCCAGCUGAAUCAUAAGUCCACAGUACCCUUCUGGUUCUGCGUUUUUUGCUAAGCGUGCGACAUGUUUGUACAGACUGGAGCUUUAACACGUCUUGAGUAUUGAGUUUCAUUGUUCACCAUCUUCAAUGUCCUCGUUCACUUCAGUGGAUUUCAUUUCUUAUAUAGUUAUAUUCAUAUUCA